GAAGGAAAGGGACGGGUAGCCUUGUAAUAAUCAGUUGUUAGCAACCAGUCACUCUCAGAAAAUUAUCAGUCAGUAUCAAGCAAUUGACUUAACUGAAUGGUCCCUAAAUCCAGACCUGAGCGCUAUUAAUCAGUAAAAUCACAGAAAACGUUGGCAGGGAAACAUCUUAAACAUGGAUACUACUACAGAAUUCAAUUACCCAGAUUUAGUACCUCCCUGCCCAGAAAACCUACGGAAUAUGAACAGCUUGGCUUUGGUCUUAGUUUACGUCAUAGUCUUCUGUCUGAGCUUGCCGGGCAACUUGGUGGUGAUCUUCGUGGUGUGCUGCAUGGAGAACCGCAGGACAUCUACUGAUGUUUACCUGAUGCACCUGGCCAUCGCUGACCUGUGCUUUGCCCUAACUCUUCCAUUCACAGCUGCUGACCUUCACGCCGGCUACUGGAUGUUCGGCACAUUUAUGUGCAAACUAAUAUCAGGCUUGCAGGAAGCCACAUUUUACUGCUGUGUCUUCCUGCUGGCAUGCAUUAGCAUUGAUCGCUACCUGGCCAUCGUGAAAGCAACUCAAUUCCUCACCCAAAAACGCCAUCUGGUUGCCAUAGUGUGUGCACUGGUGUGGCUAUUUGCCUUUUUGUUGUCAUUGCCCAUUGUGGUGAAUCGCGAGUCCUUUAUCUCUAUAAAUACGGGAGAUUAUGUAUGCCAUGACAAUUUGACCGCAGAAAACAUGGAUAGCUGGAGAGUAGGUUUGCGGAUUCUCCACCACACUUUGGGAUUUUUCCUGCCAUUAGCCGUUAUGGUAUUCUGCUAUGGUUUCACCAUGUGCACUCUCUGCCGCACACGCAACAGCCAGAAGCAGAAGGCCAUGCGGGUCAUCCUGUCUGUCGUCUUGGCUUUUAUCAUCUGUUGGCUGCCCUAUAAUAUCCUAGAGUUCACAGACAGCCUGAUGCGAGGCAGCCAGGUGAUGGAAACGUGUGAGCUGAGGGACAGCAUAGACGUGGCCUUAUACGUCACACAGGCAAUGGCUUUUACCCACUGUGCUAUAAACCCUAUUUUGUAUGCCUUCAUUGGAAAGAAAUUCCGCAACCAGCUUCUGACGUCUCUCUUUAAGAAGGGCCUGUUGGGGAGAGACACAAUGUCGAAAUAUCGAGUGGGAUCUGUUUAUAGCUCUGGAAGCACUAGGCAAAUGUCUGUGACUAUGUAGUAAACUGUUAUCCUCUUUUAACUUUCAAAUUAUACAUAUUCUUCCUCUUUAUGCUACUGUCAAAGAAA